GAGGCGUGGAAAUUUUGCGCGAAAACUCUCCAAGGCCAUUAUGAUGAACAGUUGAAGAGAUGGAACGCGGAGCUCGACAUGCUCCUUGUAUUUGUACGGUCCAUCCAUGCUGGUCUGUUCUCAGCCGCAUUAACUGCAUUUAACGUCCAGUCCUACCUCCUCCUUCAACCGGACAACACCGACACCAUAAUCUUAGCGCUUAUCGGUAUCUCCGCGCAGCUGGAGAGUUUCUCCACAAGCACCUCUUUCGUCAAUUCCACCCGCCCUGCGUUCACACCUCCCGAUCCCGCGUCGUUCUCGCCCCCGAACUAUGCCGUAUGGAUGAACGCGUUCUGGUUCUCGUCUCUAACAUGCACCCUCUCCGCGUCGUCUAUCGCCGUCAUGGUCAAGCAGUGGCUGCACCAGUACGGCCAAGGGCUGUCCGGGAACCCUGGCGAUGUGGCACGCCUACGCCAGUAUCGGUACGACAGCCUGAUCAAGUGGCACGUUCCCGGAAUCAUCGCCUUCCUCCCCAUCCUAUUGCAGACCGCACUAGCGCUUUUCCUCGGUGGGCUCCUCAUCUUACUGUAUAGCCUCCACCAGGCUGUCGCGGUAACAGUCAGCUUUCUGGUCGGCGGCCUCAUCAUCUUCACGACGGCUACCACCAUUCUCCCCACGUAUUUCUCCGACUGCUGCUACCAGUCACCGCAGGCACUAAGUGUGUGCAUCGCCAUACAGGCGGUUCGGCAGGCUAUCAUCAAGACCUUGGACUUCAUCCAGCGCAAGACCGAGUCCUGG